AUGUCUCACGAAGCAUUUGCUGAGGCCGGCGCUAACCCGGGUAUCGAAAUCUGGACCAUAGAGCAAUUUGAACCCGUCGCUAUACCAUCAAAAUCUUACGGCAAAUUCUACAAUGGAGAUUCUUACAUAGUCCUCAAGACAUCAGGCCAAAGUAACGCCACUUUAAGCUAUGAUGCCCACUUCUGGCUCGGCAGCAAAACAACUCAAGAUAAGAAGGGAUCAGCAGCAAUCUGGACAGUGACCCUGGAUGAUAUGCUGGGCGGCAAGGCAGUACAUCAUAGAGAGGUUCAGGGACACGAGUCCAGCAAGUUCAUUGGAUAUUUUAAACCUGCAAUCAGAUAUAUGGAAGGCGGCAAUGAAUCUGGUUUCACUGAAGUAGAGACUAACGCCGGUGCUGAAAAGAGACUGUUGAAACUUUCAGGAUGUGAGAACAUGAGGAUUGAGGAGGUACCAGCAGAGUCCUCAUCCCUGACCAAAGACCACUGCUUCAUCUUGGAAGUAGACCAUGAUAUCUUUGUGCUGAUGCCUGAAGGUGCCAAGGCUACCCAGAGGAGGAAGAUCAUCAGCGUGGCCAACCAGCUGAGAGAUGAUAACCACAACGGAAGAGCUACCAUUGAAAUUAUAGAUGAGUUCUCAUCCGACGAGGAUUUUGAUCUCUUCUUCCAAGCUCUUGGAUCAGGAUCUAAGGAUGAAAUCGCCAGUGAUGAUUCUGGCACAACUUACUACCGUGAUGACAUUUCUGCUGUCUACCUGUACAGAGUUAUGCUUGGUGAUGGUUUUGAUGUUGUGGCUCUGAAUAAGCCGUACAAGCAGAGCCAUUUGACUUCCGAUGAAGUCUUCAUCCUGGACACUCCAUGCUCAGGGGUAUACAUUUGGAUUGGAUCUGAAGUCAGCUCCGAUGUCAGGAAGGCAUACCAUGAUAUUGCAAACCAGUACUUUGAGGCUAAGAAUUACCCUUCUUGGGUAAACGUGACCAAAGUGGCAGAAGGCUCCGAAUGCUCGACCUUCAAGCAAUACUUCAUCAGCUGGAACACUGUCAUCACCAGAAGUAUGGGACCCGUAUCCGAUGAUGCUGGUUACGACUCUGAUGAUGCAGAGCAGACUCAGAAGGUCGCUCAGUACAUCGGUAAGAGUGCGGCAGCGAGGGAAUACAUGCCUGACAAUGGAGAGGGAUCUCUUACUGUCACAAGGGCUGGAGAUGGCGCUGAUGUGACAGAAGACUUUACCUCCGGCUGCGGUAUGCUGUACCAGAGCGAGGUCUACGUGAUCAAGUACCAGUACACUGAGGAGGACGGAGACGAUGCUUACAUCGUAUACUACUGGAUUGGCUCCAAAGCAUCAGCUGAUGACAAGCAAGCUGGCGCUGAACUGGUCUCUCAGCUGGAAGAUGAGCUUGGAGACGAUGCUGCAGUCGUAAAGGUGCCCCAAGGGAAGGAACCAAGGCAUUUCCUCAGCAUUUUCAAAGGUAACCUAGCUAUCGUGUUCGGAGGCAAGGACUCGGACUACAAACCAACAAACGCUAAAGGAACCUACGAUGAAGACAGCAUCCGUCUAUUUAGGGUGGAAGGCACAGACCUGAGUGACAUGCGAGCUAUCCAGGUCGGGGAAACAGCUGACAACUUGGAAGAUGAUGAUGUCUACGUGCUGGAGUUAGCUGACAUCGUCUACGUAUGGAUUGGGAACGAAUCGAAUGACAAGGAGAAAGCAGCAGUGAAAACCUUUGUGAAGAUGCUGGUAGGAGAAGACAAGGAGAUCACUACUGUAGAACAAGGAAGUGAACCGCCGGAGUUCUGGGAUACUUUGGGAGGCGAGCCAGAAGAAAAGAGCGGUUCCGGCUGGAGGAACGCUGUCAACCGAAGAGUGACAGCCCCUCGUACUCUCACAGCUGUGAACGUCAGCAUUACCAAGAAGAUAACCUUCGAAGAUCUGGACACGGAGUUCACGCAACAGGAUCUGUCUGAUGAUGGAGUAUACGUUCUGGACACUGGUGAGGAGCUUUACUUGUGGCAAGGAAAGAAAAUCCCAGAGCGAGUCAAGAUGGCCCGUAACGAUAUUAUCAAGGAAUACAUAGAAGAUGACGGUUUAGACCGUACAGUGGACAAUGCUUUAGUGGUGUACGUGAAGCAGGGUGAGGAGCCAGGAGCGUUCAGGAAGCUCUUCCCUGAAUGGGAUAGCGCCAUGUGGGACAACCAAACGUCUUACGAAGAUAUCAAGAAUGAAACGAAAGCAGCGAAUUCGAAGUGA